AUGCAAGAACCUUCAGAAGGACCCUCUAACAGGGCGAAGGAAUACGAUAAGGAGACAAAGGAAUAUGAAGAAAAUCUGGAUAAGGAUAAGGGUCCGCCCAGGGACCAGCAUGAAACGUAUUUUGAACCAAUUCGACGGGCAAAAUCGAGAGUUGAGGAUCGAUCUUUGAGACUAGAGACACAGACCUCCCUUUCAUCCAUCCAACGGUCGUUUAGCGAAGCGAGCACAGGGGGCUCCCGUUCAAUGAGUCGAGUCUAUUCGCUGUCGGACGGAUAUUCCCAUCCUGCCGUUCAAAACGGUAGGCUUCAGGAGCCUGAGGAGGAAGAUAAGGAGGACGAACUGCCGACCGACCCCGAAAGUGAAUAUAUCGUGAACUGGGAUGGAUAUGAUGACCCCGGGAAUCCGCGGAAUAGGAGUUUGGGAAGGAAAUGGCUCAUCGUGUUGGUGGUGUCCUUUGGCUCCAUCUGUGUGACCUGUACCUCUUCGAUUUACGCCAUGACGUAUACGCAAGUAAUGAACGAAUUUCAUAGCUCGCGGAUUGUUACCACCCUUGGGCUGUCCUUUUUUAUCUUAGGGCUUGGGCUCGGACCACUGGUUUUGGCACCUUUAUCAGAGCUUUAUGGACGGAGGAUAAUAUACAUUACGUCGUUUUCCUUUUUCCUGAUAUGGCUUAUUCCGUGCGCCGUAGCCCAAAAUAUCCAGACUCUGCUCAUCGCGAGGCUUUUCAGCGGAAUUUCAGGAAGUGCUUUCCUGAGCGUGGCGGGGGCCACCAUUGGCGAUAUGUUUGCUCGCCAUGAGCUUGGUGCGCCGAUGUUGAUCUACACUGCAAGUCCAUUAUUUGGGCCAGAACUGGGCCUUUUGUUGGGCGGGUUUAUAUCUCAAUAUACUACGUGGCGAUGGACAUUUUAUAUGAUAUUGAUAUGGUCAGGCUCCAUCCUCAUUUGUAUUAUUGUGAUAGUUCCCGAGACCUAUCAUCCUGUGCUGCUCCGGCGCAAAGCUAUCAAACUCAGGCGGGAAACUGGUGAUGAACGCUGGAAGGCCACCAUUGAAAUAACAAAGCGGUCCGUUUUCCAGACAAUCCUGCGCUCUGUGUACAGACCGAUGCUGCUUUUAACACUGGAGCCCAUGUGCUUGAAUCUCUGCAUCCUUUCAGCCAUUCUGUUAGGUAUUCUUUAUCUCUUCUUUGGUUCUUUCCAGCUGGUAUUCAUGACAAUCCAUGGGUUUACUGUUUCCCAGGUUGGAUUAAGUUUUCUGGGCAUUUUUAUUGGAAUGAUGUUGGCCAUCUUGAGUGACCCACUCUGGCGGAGGAAUUACGCUCGAUUAGUUCGCAAGCGGGAGAACAUGAUUUGUGAACUGGGAGAAUUCGAACCGGAGUGGAGGCUUCCUCCAGCAAUUGCCGGUGCUCCACUUGUAUCUAUCGGCAUUUUAAUUUUCGCCUGGACGAUAUUCCAACAUGUGCACUGGAUCGUGCCAAUAAUUGGAAGCGCCGGAUUUGGCCUGGGGACUGUUCUUGUCUACUCCGGCAUUUUCACAUUCCUCGUCGAUGCAUAUCCCCUCUACGCUGCCAGUGCUCUCGCAGCAAACUGUUUUCUACGGUGUAGUUUUGGCGCCGUCUUUCCUUUAUUUGGAAUACAGUUGUAUAACCGACUCGGCUUUAACUGGGCUUCCACACUGCUGGCCUUCUUGACCAUCGCAAUGGCUCCUUUCCCGUAA